GAUCCUCGUCAGCUGCUAUCAUGAAACCCCACUGUGCCCAUGGCUUGGUGUGCAGUCCGGUACAGAACUCCACCGAAUAGUUUACGGCGGCGGCCAAGCGAUUUUGAAUGAGACGGCAGAGACCGUCUAAUUUAACUUUGAUUAGAAUUUCGAUGCGCGCUAUAAUUCGGUAAUUCCAAGGGGAAGAUCAGCUCUGCAUUCCGUGUCACAUUACGGCGACUGGGCUGUCUGUCGCCAUUAGGGUAGCCCUCCAAUGGUAGGCUACUCGAUUGACGGUUUUUAAUAAUAUUUUUAGGUAGAAGUGUAGUUUUAGUCUAAUGAUAUCUGCGGUUUACUGAUAGGCUUGGCUUCUGCGCUUUCAAGGAUACGACAACGACACGUCCGAGGAGCAAUUGACUCGUGCGAGUGUUUUUUCUCAUCUGUGUCCACGAGCUGAGGAGAAGAAGCCGCAAUCAUGUUCGAGGCGAGAGGGAUUCUUUUUAUUCUGCUUGACAUAGCCUGUUUAAUUAUCGCUGGACUCCCAUUCGCAAUACUCACACCGCUACACAAUCCCUUCAAACGUGGAUUUUUCUGUAACGAUGAUUCAAUCAAGUACCCUCUAAAAGAAGACACCAUAUCCUAUCAGUUGUUAGGUGGAGUUAUGAUACCCAUCACAGUACUCACUAUGGUCUUUGGAGAGUGCCUUUCAGUCUAUCUAAAGCGCAUCAAAUCAAAGUCCUCUUUCAGCAACAUGUAUGUGGCCAGUGUUUACAAAGCCAUCGGCACCUUCGUGUUCGGGGCUGCCAUGAGCCAAUCGCUCACUGACAUCGCCAAGUAUUCGAUUGGUCGGCUGCGACCUCACUUCCUGGACGUGUGCAAGCCCGACUGGAAGCUGAUCAACUGCACGGCGGGCGCCUACAUUGAGGAUUUCACCUGCACCGGGGAUACGCACAUGGUCAACGAGGCCAGGCUGUCCUUCUACUCCGGCCACUCCUCCUUCUCCAUGUACUGCAUGCUGUUCCUGGCACUAUACAUCCAGGCCAGACUGCAGGCAGAGUGGGCUAGACUCCUGAGACCAACACUCCAAUUCUUCCUGAUCGCUGCAUCCGUUUACACUGGCCUGUCCCGUGUGUCCGACUACAAACACCACUGGAGCGACGUCCUGGCUGGCCUUAUUCAGGGAGCACUCGUGGCCAUACUAGUGGUAUUUUUAGUGUCAGACUUCUUCAAGAAGAGGGUGGAGCCCCAGGAGGAUGUGGAGAUUCCCCACACCAGCCUGCAAGAGACACCCACUAACGGAAACCAUUACGACAGCAGCCCCAACUAAGCUAUAGAGAAGAGGAACCGUUUACUGCAUGCACAUCAUACCCCAAUAAGGGUCGGACCACUGGGGUGGAAAGAAAUUAUGCGUCUCAAAUGGUACCCUACUCCCUACAUUGGGUCCUGGUCAAAACUAGUGCACUCUGGAGGGAAUAGGGUGCCAUCUGGGAAUGAACCAGACAUGUGAAUGUAACCCUGCUUUGUGCUUUCCUGACCUAUGACCUGGAGCCAAGCUGUCUGAGCUCCCUAUUGGACUCUUGAGUCCCACCCAUGUUGCCUUGGCUGGACUGCUACUAUUACAGCUUCCUGUGUAUUAUCCAGACCAAUAUAAUGUAUCUUCACCUGAAGCAACAAAAAAACAUUUUGUUUUAUCCAGCUGUAUGUUAGAAGAAAUCACUAUACAGACAUUUAUUAAAAUUGUUGAAGUAUGUACAAAUGUUGCACUUUUUGGAAGGAAAAUAAGCCAUUUUAUGCUUAUUAACACAUUAAAAAAUUGUCUGGAUGAUGUCAGACACUCAAACCAACAAA